AUGAGAAAUGAGGACACAGAUGAUGCAGAGAAUUAUGAAGAGCAGGUUUCUGAGGCACACAAGGAGCCUCAGAAGGAUUUUCAACAAGAGUACAGCAGAAUCCAACCUCAGGUUCACACCUACCAGGCUCACACCCACCAAUCCACAUCCCCUCCGCCCAUUUCUCCAACCCCUCCAGCCGUGUGGUCAAUGAUCACCUUGCUGCUUGAACAGAGUGGAGGCUUGUACUUCAUCUGUGGAGGGAGCCUCAUCCACGCUGACUGGGUUCUGACUGCAGCACACUGUGUCACAGAUGGCGGACCAUAUUGGGUGCUGCUGGGCAGGUACAACCUGAAUGAACCAGAGUCAUCUGAGCAGCUCAUCCCUGUGGAAAAGUUCUAUGUACAUGAAGAAUACAACAAUGCUAAUGCGGCCAAAGGCUAUGACAUCGCCCUCCUUAAGCUGUCAUACAGCGCUAAGCUGACACCUGAAGUGAAGCCUGCCUGUCUCCCUCCUGCUGGCUACACCCCACCCCAUGGAACGAAAUGCUACAUCACUGGCUGGGGCACCACCUCCACUGGUGGAUCAGUCUCAGAUGUUCUGCGGGAGGGGCUGCUGCCUGUGGUGGACUACGAACACUGCUCCCAGUGGGACUGGUGGGGCUCCACUGUGAAUAAGUGCCAUAUAUGUGCUGGCGGAUAUGAAGUCUCUGGCUGUAAUGGUGACUCUGGAGGACCCCUCAACUGCCUCACAGAGGAUGGAUGCUGGAAGGUCUGUGGUGUGGCCAGCUUUGUUUCUGGUUAUGGCUGCAACACUUACAAGAAGCCCACGGUGUUCACUUGUGUGGGUUGCUUCAUUGGUUGGAUUGAGAAGUGUCCUCCAGAUACCUUUGUGUUGCUGCAGUGGCAAGAUUUCAUUGUGGGGACAGACUCUCCUGAGAACUUGAAGUGA